CGAAAGCGCACGUGCGACUGCCCCGCCCCCAAUUAGCUGCUCCCCCCAAAAGCGCGAGCGAAUUUUUGGCGCGCAUUUUUGUCAACGUAAAAUUGCAUCAAUUAUUUGGCUUUUUUUUCAAGUGUCUGUUAGAAGGCUUCUUUGUACAGGGUACGAGUGUGUGUAAGCGUAUGUGUGUGUGUGUGUGCUUACCGAAAUAAUUAUAGUCGUCGAUGUAACUUUGCCUGCGAGUGUGUGGCUAAUUGUAGGGCGCACUUGCAAUAUUCAUGGGACAAGUGCAGCGGCAUCGGGCUGAAUAAUUCACCAGAAGUAGCAGUUCUUAUUUUGCGACCAGGCCGGCAAAAAAAAAACAAGGAAACAAAGGAAUCGAAGGGAAAACAAGGAAAAGCAAGGGAAAACAAAGAGGUGCAAAGUAAAAGCCGGCGAUCCGACGAACAUGUAAAUCGAAGCUCAAAUGGCAGCGAGCAACAAGCGCCAAUACAGGCACAAAUUCCACGGCGCCGCCCUGGAGUGCCUCCUGCACCUCAUCCUGUUCAGCAGAGUUGUGCGUCUGGAGGUUUUCGCCGAAGAGUUAACCACAGCAGCGGCUCUUUCAGAAGAAUGGGGCUCCGGCUGGCGGGGCACCAAUUUCCUCGUGGAGGUCGAGCAGACGGCGCCCAUUUCGCCGCCUUCCUCGUCCUCGGCGUCCUCGAAUGGCAGCGAGGAUUAUUUGGGCGAGCUGGGCAGUCAGGAGGUGGACGAUGGGUUCACAACAGGUGCCACAACAGGAGCCGCCAAUGCCACCAGCAACACAGCGGAAACAGGACCCAAGAUCAUCGUGCGCACCGAGGAGGUGCUGAUUGUGGGCCUCGUCCUGGUGCUCUGGGUGGGCGCCAUCAUGCUCUUCUUCAACCGAUGGGGCAAGAUCCGCAUGCUGGAGCCGUACCAGCCGAAGUUCCAGCAGCAGCACCGCAGCUCCUGUCCGCUGGUCGACUUGGAUGCCGUCACCACGCACCAGCGCUCCUCCGUGUCGCGCAUGUCGAUGGGCAUGGUGCACAAUCUCAAUAUGCCGACGUGUCAAUUUGCGGCCUAUAAUCCCAACAUUUAUGCCAAGGGUUACGCCUCGCAUGUGUCGGCGUCGCGUCCCCGCCAGAAUUCGGUGUUCGUUGGGGCCAGUACCAGUCACUAUCUGAUGCCGAGGCCGCCGAGGAAGACCAGAUCGGCGAUGGACCUGCACUCGAUGGUGCUGGACGAGAGUGCCGAACAGGUGUAGGACGACCACGGACGAGUCCUGUGGCCAAGGAUCCUGGCGAGCGUGUGCUAAGUCAGUCUGUGAGUCUGGAAGUCGGUGAGGUGUGAGUGCGGUCCAUUUUCUUCGAGUGUUUCUAGUACUAGUACUGACUCAGUAGUGCGGAAACCACUUGUAAAGGUGUCUGAAAGUAGGCCACACGGCGACUUUAAGGCAACUUCUUGCGUGGUACUUCUGAGGCACUUCGGUAUACAUUUCAGAUAAAACUUCAUUACUAAGAACAGUGUAUUCUAUAUAUUCUACUUGACUUGCUAACAAAACUUCCCAUAGUAAUAGUGCAAAAUGCCAGAAGAGAAUGGACUGCAUGGUAGGUCGUGGAAUGAGGUUUUCUUUUACAUACUUGUACAUUAGGGUGCCUACAAUCGAGAGAGAGAGAGAGUUCGGUGUGAUUAGUUCGCUGGAAUAGCACUGUCCAAUACUUGCAACUAUAUAGUCAUAGUCAACUAACUACUUGCCACUCACAACUAAACUAGACUCUAUUCCAUUUCCCAACAAUCUCUGUCGCACACACCUUCAUUUCUGUGCUGGCACAGAGUCAAUUUGAGUCAAUUUUUUUUGCGGACCACCUAACACACACAAUUAUCGAAAUAAAAAAACAAAAAAAAACUUAUUGAAAAUAUGUAGAUGUAUCUAUCUUAGCGUGUUCUAUUAGCCCUAUCCCGUGUUACUCUACUCAACGUAGUCUGUCAGCUAGCUUUUCUCCAACUUGAAUUCAAACUAUUGGAUACCAGAGCAAAUUGUUAAAGUAAACAUAAACCCAAGCAUAUGUAUACACAUACACGUUAAGUAAUAAAUGUAUAUCUGCGAAUCUGUUUAGUUCGUAAGCCCAAAGCUCAAAAUGGAUCAGCAUACAACUGCGAACUUGACCAAAGUACCCGUGUUAAUAUCUUUUCCCAGCACCUCUGUAUUGCACCUUAAAAUGUAUCGUAACUUAAGACAAUUUCGACCAAGAAAACCCGGAAAAUGAGGCAAGGAAAUAAUAUGAUGAGAGGUGGAAAAGGAACAACUAACUAACGAAAGCUUUAAAUUCCUUGGGUCUCCUGGGGACCUGCUAAACCAAGAACCCAUCCAGAUCGAAGUAAACUAAAGAGAAAACCAAAGCUGCGAAUUAUAUUUAAGGCCUAAGCUAAACUACUACAGAUGUGUGUAAGUCUCUACCCAAAAGUCUAGUGGAAAAUAUGCGGAUCAAUGUAUUUACCAAUUUACCGAAAACUAAAGCAUUACUUACCAUUUACCAUUAUCAGUUAAAAAAGAUUACUCAACUCAACUCACACAGUUUUUCCUCACGAAUCUGAAAGUAGACGAAUACAUUGUUGAAUAUUAAUGUUUAAUUAACUUGUUUACAAUACGAGUAUUUACAAGGGCCUGAGCAAAACCAAUUAUAUAUACACUCGUGUAAUAUAUCAAAAACUAAA